AUUCCAUGAAAAUGUACCAAGAAAUUGUUGGUUCUCCUGUCAUCAGUGCCUUGAUCAAUAACUUGAUACCCAUCGCGUCCGAGGAGAUUUAUUAUGUUUGGGGUGUCAAAAAUGAAAUCACAAAGCUUCGUCAAACUUUACUUGGUAUUCUAGCUGUACUUACUGAUGCAGAGAAGCAACUAGAGAAGGAAACAUUUAUGGUCUGGUUACAGAAUCUAAAGGAAGUUGUUUAUCAGUCUGAUGACAUAUUGGAUGAAAUUGCAUAUGAAACACUACGGCGUAAAAUGGAAGUUCAAGGUCGGGUGCAAAGAAAGGUAAACAACUUCUUUUCGCUAUCGAACCCACUUUUGUUUCGUCUAAAGAUGAGUCACAAAAUUAAACAUCUGAACCAAAUUCUGGAUCACGUCGCGAGGGAGAAAGAUCAGUUGGGUUUACGCGUACGUACUUCCUGCAGCGGCGCUGCUGCUACAAGUACUUCUAGUGGUCUAAGACACAAGGGAACUUUCUCUCAUCUAGAUGUUGAUGAAAAUCAUGAAAUGGGAACUAAAAGACUGCGCCAUGUGUGUUUCGCCCUGGGGAAUGAGUUCUCUACAAUUCCAGAAGCCAUGUACCAGGAAACAAACUUGAGGACGUUUAUCGCUUCUACUCCAAAGUUUAUAAAUGAUGCUUACGCUGCGCAGAUUUUCACGAAAUUCCGUUGUUUACGGGUACUGGAUUUAAGUGACAGUGCAAUCAUCGAUUUACCAUCUUCAGUUGCAAAGUUGAAACACUUGAGGUACCUGGAUCUCUCGAACUCUCAAGUAACGAACUUACCUGAUUCUCUCACAAGUCUUUACAAUUUGCAGACUUUGAUUCUCAAGAAUUGUUUCAAGCUUAAAGGUCAUCCGAGGAAAAUGAAAAAGCUCAUUAAUUUGAGGCAUCUUAUGAUCUGCAAAACCGGAAGGAAUGAAUGGAUCCCUCCAAUGCCAAGUAAGGUACGGAAUUUGCGUUCCCUCCAUUACUUGCCCAUAUUUGUUGUAGGAAACAAGAAAAAAGGAUUCGGUAUCGAAGAGUUGAGAGACCUUAAUCUUCUUGGUGGUAAGCUACAAAUGCACAACCUCGACAAUGUCCGUGAUAAUGAAGCUGAAGCAGGAUGCUUAAAAGAAAAGCAGCACAUUCUUAGAUUGGAGCUGCAUUGGCCAGAGAUUGAUAAUUCUAGUGGUAUUGUGAGUGAUGGAUUUGCAGUGCUAGAAGGUCUCCAGCCUCAUCAGAAUCUCAAGCGACUUGGUAUCUACAACUACGUUGGCUCGAAAUUCUCUACUUGGAUGACGAACCCAAAUAGUUUGCUGCUUAAUUUGGUCUUGGUUGUUCUGAAAAACUGUUAUUUAUGCGAGAAGCUUCCGCCGCUUGGGUUGCUUCCUUGUCUCAAGAUUCUCAAAAUAGAGGGACUUUACUCUGUGCAAAGUAUCGGUGGUGAGUUCUACGGCGGAAACGAUGUAUCGUCUUUCCCUUUGUUGGAAGAGCUCUCUCUAGUUGAUAUGCUUAAUUUAGUAGUAUGGUCAGAUGAAGCUUCUUCAUCGAGUUUUCCUCGGCUUGAGCAGUUGAAGGUCAAGUACUGCCACAAGUUAACAAUCAUGCCAACCCGGUUUCCGUCCCUCAAAGUAUUGGAGUUCGAAGACUGCAACGGAAACCCUGUCAGUUCAUUGGUGGAAAACAAUCUAAGUUCUCUUACUUCUAUUCAGAUUAAGUUAUGUGAGGAGCUAGUAUUUCUUCCGCGGCGAUUGCUUAUAGGAAAUGAUAUCCUCCACAGUCUUGUAAUUUGGAACUGCCAAAGGUUUGAAGGCUUUUAUCCGGAUCAAGACCUCGAGGAGGAGGAGGAGGAGCACGUCGAGUUACUUCCUAACAGCGCUCUCUACACCUUGUGCUUGUUUGAUUGCCCGACAUUAAUCUCUUGGCCGGACUUGCACGGAUUCAAUUCCCUCUCGUUCUUGCUUGUCAUAGGUUGCAAAAGAAAGAAGUACAUCUCAAGUGGUAUAGAAUGCCUCCCGAAACUUGAAUAUCUUGGAAUUGGUGGGUUCUCGGAAGAGUUGGACUCGUUUCCGUUCCCUGCUGCCAAUAUCGAUGAAGAAGGAAACGCGGUUGGAAAUUACUUCCCGUCGCUGUCUCUGUUGUACAUUUACGGGUGGUAUAAACUCAAAUGUCUGCCUCACCAAAUUCAGUACCUUACUUCGUUGCAGACUCUGCAUAUGUGA